AUUGGCAGAAUUUUUGCCAGAAAGCCUACACGCUACUUCUGAUGUGAUUCAUUCCGUUCUAGGCCUUAUACCCGUUAUUGCCAAUGCUCUGAAGACAGGUGGUCUCCUACUUCUUGGCGACGGCGACUGGUUUGCCUUCGACGAAGACAGACGUCCCCUCGUUCCGUUUAUUUAUAACCCCGCGAUUAACGAACAGCGACAAUGCCACAAUCUACAGCCUGUCUACCGACCGAUAAACCAGAUGUUGCUGGAGCAAGUGGCCUUUUCCAUGUAUCUGCGCAGAGCUACUUCAGCCCCAUCAACUUGAGUGGUCGAGACUUGAAAAACGGGGAAGAAAUAGGCGUCAUCAUGAACCUAGAUAUGAAGGAAUUUUUCCGCAACCCAGUAGAAGCUGCAGCUAGAAGUGGUAUAACUUCCAGCAUGCUUCCCAUCUGGGAGGAGGAAUAUCUCAAGGAAUUCGACAGUCGGCGGUAUAAUAUCUGGCCCUAUGCCACGGCACGUAAAAUGGGUAUAUCUGCUGUAUUAGAUAAAUAGAUGUACCAUAGAGAUCAGUUUGAACAACUUGUAUAUAGUGCGUCUA